UGCUUUUCCCGACAGACAGCUCCUCGACGGUGGGUCAACAUGAACGCUCUGACUGUGAUUUCCGUGGCGUCCCUCGUGGCUUGCGGCAGCGCCUCCUUGCUUGCAUACAACGGCGUAUAUGGAGGCCAUCACGGCCUUCUUGGCGCCUAUCCUUAUGCAGGUUAUUCUGGUCUGCACCCUUACUCAUACGCAGGUGUCCUUCCUGCAGCUGCUCCUCUCAACCUCCAAACACCUGUAAUCAACACCGUGGCUCCUGCACCUGUCUCUUACAACGUCGCUCCUGCACCUGUCUCUUACAACGUCGCUCCUGCACCUGUCUCUUAUAACGUAGCUCCCUACGCACCUGUAGCACCUAUCCAGUCUCAGUUCCACGCUCAGGAUGAGAUCGGUCAGUACUCCUUCGGUUACUCUGGCGGUCCAUCUUCACGCGCUGAGUCUCGCGACGCCUUCGGUGUUGUCCGUGGUUCGUACAAUUACGUGGACUCUGAGGGAAAGGUUCAGACUCAGCACUACGUGGCUGACGCCCUUGGAUUCCGUGUGUCCGGCACCAAUCUUCCAGUGGCUCCCGACGCCCCUGUGGCUGCUCCUCUGGCCGCCCUUCCCGGUCCCCUUCCCGAACCCGUCCAGGACACUCCUGAGGUAGCCGCCGCUAAAGCCGCCCACCAACAGGCUUAUGACGAAGCUGCAGCCGCCGCCGCUGCCGCCCCCGACACCCGUAAGAAGCGCUCCGUCCUUGCGGCUCCCGGCGUCUACUCUCCUCUCCGUUUCUCAUACGGCUUUUCCACUCCCCUCCAUUACGCCCACUCAGCAACCUAUGCUUCUCCUCUUCAUUACACUGCCGCCCAUCCCGCCCUCACCACCUACAACGCUGCCCACGUCCCCACUACAUACGCCGCCGCCGCCGGACCUGCUCUCCGUGACGCCGAGCUCCUCCGUGUGGUCCACAACCCCGGCCACGCCACCUCCUACCGCGUGCUCAACUGAGUGCCACCUCAUUCACUCACAGUCUUGUGUAGAGCACUCGCCUGAUCCUCACCUUUAACUAGCAAACGUCCCCAGGAUUUACUUGGCGAUACAUGAUGCCUGUAAAUGGUGUUUUUGUCGCUUGUGUGGACGUGGUGUGUAGAGCACUCGCCCGAUCAUUCACUAGACUUUUAUAUACGUAAAGCGAAAACCUUUACUAUAAGUCCGUCAUGUGUAUGUCAAUCUUGGCUGUAGUGUUGACACUUGCCAUGUCAUACUGUACACAUUUUAAGAGCGUAGUCAUGUCAGAAAUAUGGUAUCAUUACAAUUAUGGUAUUAUGGAGUCUUUUGUAAAUACAUAGAUUGUGAAAGUAA